AUGUACUGCCUGCUAGCAACUCCCCUAUGCCUGCUGAGCCUGUUGUUGCCACGCCUCAGUCCUGCAGCCCCCAUCUCCCCAUCAGAGCCCAUCGGUCAAGCCUACAGCCUGGCUCUCUACAUGCAGAAGAACACAUCAGCUUUGUUACAGACCUAUCUCCAGUAUCAGGGCAGCCCCUUCAGUGACCCCGGCUUCUCUGCACCUGAACUCCAGCUCAGCACCCUGCCUUCUGCAGCUGUCUCCUUCAAGACCUGGCAUGCAAUGGAAGAUGCAGAGCGGCUAAGCCGAGCCCAGGAAGCCUUCCUAGCCUUGACUCAGCACCUCCAGCUCGUGGGAGAUGACCAGAGUGAUCUGAAUCCUGGCAGUCCUGUCCUACUGGCCCAGCUAGGAGCAGCAAGACUCAGGGCCCAGGGCCUAUUGGGCAACAUGGCUGCCAUCAUGACUGCUCUAGGGCUGCCCAUCCCUCCAGAAGAGGAUACUCUGGGGUUUGUCCCUUUUGGGGCCUCAGCCUUUGAGAGGAAAUGCCGAGGCUACAUAGUGACCCGGGAAUAUGGCCACUGGACGGACCGAGCUGUGAGGGACUUGGCUCUCCUCAAGGCCAAGUACCCAGCAUAG